AUGUCGUCGAACGAAAAAGAGACGUUGUUACGAACGGCAACUGGUCAGCAAGUAACGGGAGGUGAAUCCAUCUACCUACGAGACUCCCUCCUUAAAGCUUACUACAAACAAAUACACGAGUUUGCUUUUGAGGGUCCGAAUCGUGAACGUCUCCGUAACAUAAUCUUUAAGAUUUUUAUCGAUAAAUCUACCGGGCAAUCGAGAAUGUCGCAACAGGUUUCGAACGAAAACACAGUGGCUACUUUGUGUCCUGCAUGCGGACGCCCGGAUGAAGCCGAAACCAAUAUGGUUCAGUGCGAGCGGUGUUUAUUCUUCUACCACUUCGGUUGUGCAAACGUUGGCGAGAGCAUUGCAGACGAUGAUCAUCAUUUCGUUUGUGUGCGCUGUAACGAUCGUGCACCGACAGUCGCCGGUUCCAGAUGCGGCAAAUCGAGCACAUCAAGCUGUAGAGCAGCAAGGGCAGUUCUCGAACUUCAACGCCUUGAAGAAGAGCGUCAACUGGAGAGGAAUUACAUAGGGAAAAAGUAUGAUAUACUACAAGGCCAACUGGAUGAGUACGCAGAGGACCCAAGAUUGGGUAAUGAACCAGGCAAUUACGACUACGAGCAUCAAUACCGGGAUGUCGCAAAUCCCCGUAUGUUUACCGUCGUGGACUGGUGCAAUACCAAAGGAAACUUCUCUAGUAUCACCAGACCCGAGGAUCGUUCCAGUAUAGCUAGAACACCGAUUCCGCACACUACGAUGAAAUCACCGGAUCGCCAGGCACUUCCCAUACUCACCGAUAGUAGAUCAUCACAAAUACCAACUACGAAUGAAAUAGUAUGCAACCCGACGAGUAACUUAGAAGCGAAUCGUCAUAUUUCGAGUACGCCAACUUCGACCGUGACGUCUACUGUACAAGUGAUUAACGAAACAGCGAAACGAAACAUUACCGUUUCGCAUGACAUCUCCUCCGAUCAUCGCAAUCGACCGACUGUGGUGGACUUCAAUAUUUCCGCAACGCCGACGUCAGAAGAAUUGACAAAGCAACUGUUCGAGCUCCAGGCAAGGAUGGACUGCCUUCGGAUGCAGCUUGCGGCUAAGCAGUCCGCUCAACCAUCAGUGGAGCUUGUGGAAAAGUUACCAGUCAAUAUCAAACUGAACUGGUCUCUCUUCAAACGGACUCGUCCUAUUGUUGAUCUUUCCACCUUCGGUUCGUUCAUGGACGAGAUUGUGGUUGCAGCAAGUGAUGUCACUUUCACCCACGAUAUAGAUGGUCAACGAGCCUGCAAGCAGGGUAAACAAAAACCAAAAGAAAAAUUAUUUGUGAACGCACACAAUACUGAGAAAUCUACACAAUACCCAACCAGCGGAUCAAACAACUUGAAUCGUAAGGAAUAUCAACCUAAACCCUGUACAGCCUGUGAGAAAGAAGGUCAUAAAAUCAAGGACUGUACCACCUUUCGGAACUUGACGCUUGGUGACCGUUGGAAACUAGUCCAAGAACGGCGAUUGUGUCGGCGAUGUCUGAUUGGUCAUGGAAAAUUUCCGUGUAAAGCAGGGUUGUGUGGUGAAAAUGGAUGCGAGGACAGACACCACAAACUCCUCCAUCCCGGAAAACCAGGAUCAUCGCAGACGAUCGAUGUCCCGAAUACUAGAAGCACGGUUACAAUCCAUCGUCAACUUCAGUCUUUAAUUCUUUUCCGAUUGAUUCCAGUGACGCUGCACGGCAACGGAAGGGCCAUUCAAACGUAUGCGUUCCUUGAUGACGGCUCAUCGACCACACUGGUAGAAUCAGCAACAGCGCGAAAGCUAGGACUAUCAGGCGAUAUCCAUCCCCUCUGUCUGCAAUGGACUAGUGACAUUGAGCGCAUGGAAGAUGACUCACAACUAGUCAAGAUGGAGAUCUCGAGCCUGGGGAGUUUGAAACGGCACGGUCUGAAAAAGGUGCACACUGUGAAGAACUUGAAUCUUCCAGUUCAAUCGUUGGACUACUCAGCACUGCGUAAACAGUUUCCACAUCUUCGUGGUUUACCCGUGCACAGUUAUGAAUCAGCGUCUCCUACAAUUCUGAUAGGUCUGGACAACUCAUUCCUAAAGGCAACCUUGAAGCUUCGGGAAGGUUCAAAAGGUGAUCCGAUGGCGGCCAAAACAAGGUUGGGUUGCACAAUUUAUGGAACGUUGAACGCAGAAGCAAAAACGGCAGUUCAUCAUCAGUUCCAUAUUUGCGCUCAUUCGUCGGAUGAGGACCUACACAAUUUAGUGAAGGAGUUUUUUAAGGUAGAAGCCGUAGGAUCGGCCAAAUCAUCCGUGGUGGAAUCUGACGAUGACCAGCGUACGCGUAAGAUACUGGAGAAUACAACCGUUCGCACAGCCUCUGAAAAGUUCCAAGUUAGCUUAUUGUGGAAAUACGAUUGCAUUGAAUUCCCGAACAGUAAGCCCAUGGCUGAAAGGCGGUUGCGAUGUUUAGAACGCCGUCUGGCAUCCAAGCCCGACUUAUACGAUAAUGUUAGACAUCAAAUGCAGCAGUAUCAAGCUAAAGGAUACGCACACAAAGCUGAUCCUGAGGAGCUCAGUAACUUCGACCCUCGACGAACCUGGUACCUGCCCUUAAACGUGGUCAUGAACCCAAAGAAACCGCAUAAGGUACGGUUGGUCUGGGAUGCUGCGGCAAAAGUUCAAGGCCAAUCAUUGAACUCCGCUCUGUUGUUGGCUGGUCCCGAUUUGCUCGCACCGCUUCCUUCAGUUUUGUGUCCUUUCCGACAGUUCGAGGUGGCCAUCAGUGCAGACGACCGGAAGAUAAAUCCCUCCAACCCGUAUGAAGUCUUCGUUAUGGACGUCGCGAUAUUCGGCGCAUCCUGUUCGCCGUCGGCAGCUCAGUUUGUCAAAAACCUAAACGCUCAAGAGUUCUCUGAUCCACUAGCAGCAAAAGUAAUAGUGGAGCAUCAUUAUGUUGACGAUUUUGUAUACAGCACAAACACCGUGAAUGAAGCAGUCGAACUAGCACAGCAGGUGAAAGAAGUACAUUCUAGAGCAGGAUUCACCAUACGCAACUGGUUGUCCAAUUCACCCGAAGUGAUCUCACGGGUCGGGGUUCCAGGCAUGGAGUUGUCCAAAAGUUUCGAGGUAGCAAAAACGGCCACCCAAGAACGAGUUCUUGGUCUAGUUUGGAAGCCAGAUCCUGAUGUUUUUGUGUUCCAAGGACUAUUCAGCGAAGAGAUCCGAUCACUGCUAGGCGACACUGUUAUUCCGACGAAAAGACAAACUCUAAGAGUCGUCAUGAAUGCAAGUGAGGAAGCGUACGCUGCCCUGGCUUAUUUUCGCAUCGUGGAUAGCUCUGGAGUGCGCUGCUCACUUGUCUCGGCGAAGACAAAAGUGGCUCCUCUGAAACCGCUCUCAAUCCCUAGAUUAGAGUUGCAGGCGGCUGUUCUUGGUGCAAAACUGUCAAAAUCGGUAGAAGACAAUCAUACACUGCCGAUAGUUCGCAGAGUGUUCUGGACCGAUUCUAGCACCGUACUUUCCUGGUUAAGGUCGGAUCAACGAAAAUAUCGGCAAUACGUUGAAUUUCGUGUGACGGAAAUUCUCGAGCUUACGCAGGUGGAAGAGUGGCGGUGGGUUCCUUCACGCUGGAAUGUAGCCGAUGAAGCAACCAAAUGGGGCAAGGGCCCUAACAUAAGUAGCAGCAGUCGUGGGUUUCAAGCACCAGCAUUCCUGUAUCAAGAGCCAGAUACCUGGCCACAGCAAGGUCCAUGUGUGGUUGAAAUAACGGAGGAGCUUCGUACAAUACACCUUCAUUGUCAUCUCAUCAGGCAGCAACUUAUAGAUUUCGAAAGAUAUUCGAAGUGGGAGCGAUUAGUGCGUGCGAUAGCGUAUGUGUACAGGUUUAUAGACAACUGUCGCCGUAAAAUCGAGAAUUACUCAACGGAACGAUCUGGGUGGUUGAAUCAUAACGAGUUGCAGAAAGCGGAAUGGACUAUCUUCAAGCUCAUUCAGCACGAAGCAUACGGAGAUGAGAUUGUGACCUUUAAUAGAAACCAGCAUCUUCCAGUGGACCAGCGGCUAAAGCUCGAGAAGACUAGUAAAAUCGUUAAACUAACCCCUGUGUUGGACGACCAAGGUGUUUUGCGUAUGGAUAGUCGUAUCACCAAUGCACAGCAAUUCUCCACAGAUUUCAAGUUCCCGAUAAUUCUUCCCAAAGGUCAUUACGGGACACAGCUGCUCGUUGACUGGUAUCAUCGUCAAAGCAAGCACAUCAAUACGGAAACAGCGGUGAACGAGAUGCGUCAGAAGUUCUAUGUGUCAGAGAUGCGUUCUGCGUUCAGGAAGGCUAAGAAAGUGUGUCAGUGGUGUAGGAUCUACAAGGCGACUCCAGUGGUUCCAAGGAUGGCUCCACUUCCUCCAGCAAGAACUGUCACCCAUAUCCGCCCAUUCAGCUACGUUGGUGUGGAUUAUUUCGGACCUGUGUUGAUCAGGCAAGGUCGCAGUGAGGUGAAGCGUUGGGUCGCCCUUUUCACCUGUCUGACGAUUCGUGCCGUGCAUCUAGAGGUAGUGGCGAGCAUGUCAACGGAAUCCUGCAAGAUGGCUUUUCGACGGUUUAUUGCAAGAAGGGGCGCUCCAGCUGCAAUAUACAGCGAUCGGGGAACCAAUUUCGUAGGUGCUAGCCGUGAACUGGAGCAAGAGCUACAGAAAAUCGAUCAGGGAUUGGCAGCUACAUUCACCAACGCGGAAACUCAGUGGUAUUUCAAUCCGCCAUCUUCACCGCACAUGGGGGGGUCUUGGGAACGCAUGGUUCGGUCUGUAAAGUGUGCGUUGGCUUCACUCUCCACCAUUCGGAAGCCAAACGAGGAGACCUUCAACACUCUGCUGAUCGAGGCCGAAUCAAUGGUGAACUCGAGACCACUCACCUACAUGCCGAUUGAGUCCGAGGGUCACGAGGCGUUGACUCCAAACUGCUUCCUGAUGCUAAUCACCAGUGGAGUGAAUCAACCUCCUAAGAUGCUAGUCGACGAAAGGGUAAUAUUGAAUUCGAACUGGAACUUGUAUCAACAGCUAUUGGACCAGUUCUGGUGUCGUUGGGUUCGUGAAUACCUCCCAACAAUCACAAAGCGAUCCAAAUGGUUUACUGACUGCAAACCGAUCGAGUCUGGUGACCUAGUAGUUGUGGUGGAAGAUCGUUUACGCAAUGGAUGGACCAGGGGUCGAGUGCUACGCGUAUUUCCGGGUCGUGACGGGCGAGUACGAAGCGCAGAGGUGAAGACCGCUACAGGAGUGUUGCAAAGACCGGUAGCAAAGUUGGCGGUCCUGGAGGUUGGUGGUAUAGCUAGAGAGCACUCUGAGCAAUACGGGUCGGGGAAUGUUACGAACGGCAACUGGUCAGCAAGUAACGGGAGGUGA